AGGAGAAUUCGGUGCUGUGGUUACUUCCACCCUGCCUCCUCUCUCCAAAGCAAACAAACACAGCUGCAGGUUGCAAGAAAAAAAAAAAAGCUGACCGGAGGGGGGUGACGGCCGGGAGCUCCCGGGGCGCUGGGGCCCGGCCACCGGAAACGGCGGCCCCCACUUGGGGCGCUGCGGACACACCAGUGAGACCGCCUUCCAGGAAGCCAAAAAAUUAAAAAAAUAAAGAGGGAAAGAGAGACAAAGGAGGGAGAGUGUGGAGAGCAGGCCUGGCGCCGCGCCCGCCUCCCCGCCUCCCCGCCGCCCGCGCCGGGAACCUCAGAUGUAUAUCAUCUCAUUUCAAGUGCACCAUGCUCCUCUGCCGCAGGGACCAUGGCCCAGGUAGCCAUGUCGACGCUGCCCGUGGAAGAUGACGAGUCAUCAGAGAGCAGGAUGGUGGUGACCUUCCUCAUGUCCGCUCUGGAGUCCAUGUGUAAGGAGCUGGCCAAGUCCAAAGCAGAAGUGGCCUGCAUCGCGGUGUACGAGACGGAUGUAUUUGUGGUGGGAACCCAGAGAGGACGGGCCUUUGUCAACACCAGGAUGGACUUGCAGAAGGAUUUUGCAAAGUUUUGUGCCGGGGAAGGGGUGUCAGAGGUGGAACCCCCCUGCCCUGCGACCAGAGUGCAGACGAGAGCAGGAGAGAGAGAAGAGCUUAGCAGGGCAGUGGACGACCACUUCCGCUACUGCUAUGGUAAAGCCUUGGGGACACAGGUGAGGGUCCCUGUCCCCUACGGGCAGAUGCUGAGAGACCCUGAGGCUGUGAGUGUGCGGGGCCUUCCCGAAGGUGUAGCCCCCCAGAACCCCGAGAAUUAUGACCUUGUGACCCUGCAGUGGAUUUGGGAGAACAAAGCAGGAAUGUCCUUCAUCAUAAAUAGGCCUUUCCUGGGUCCCCUGGGUCAGCCAGGUGACCCUGGGCCAAUGACAGUGACAUCAGCCAGAGAAAGCGGGAACCCCAGCACUGUGAAGGCUGAACCCCUGGAAGAUGCCGGAAAAAAUGGCCGCCAGGAGCAGUGGAUUCCUAGUGCUGGCACUGAGCCCAGCAAUAACCCUGAAGGAAAGAAGAGAAGUGGGUUACCAAGCACAGCAGCUGUGACAGUCAAGAAGGAGUUGGAAGAUCCCAGUUACUACCAGAGCUCCCUGCAAGAUGUCACCCAGCUCAGCCCUUCGGAAACUCGCGAGGCCCCUGUCGCAGAGGUGAAAGUUGAAGGGAACACUAAUUCAUCCAGCAGUGCCAAUUCAGCGACAGGUGUGGAAGAUCUCAACAUUGUCCAGGUGACAGACCCAGAUAAUGAGAAGGAAACUGUAACAGGCACUGAAAAGAUCAAACAAAUUCGAGAGCAAGUCAAUGACCUCUUCCGGCGGAAAUUCGGUGAAGCGGUGGGUGUGGACUUCCCGGUGAAGGUGCCCUACCGGAAGAUCACAUUCAACCCGGGCUGCGUGCAAGUCCACGGCCUGCCCCGCGGUGUGGUGUUCAAGGCCCCAGGAUACCUGGAGACGAGCUCCAUGCAGAAGAUCCUGGAGGCUGCAGACAGCAUUAAGUUCACCAUCGUGCGGCCGCUUCCAGGCCUCGAGCUGAGCAGUGUGGGGAAACGGAAGAUCGACCAGGAGGGCCGGGUGUUCCAGGAGAAGUGGGAGCAGGCCUACUUCUUCGCCGAGGUGCAGAGCAUGCCCGUGUGCCUCGUGUGCAAGCAGAGCAUGGCGGUGGCCAAGGAAUACAACCUGCGGCGCCACUACCAGACCCACCACAGUCACCACUAUGACCAGUACACUGGGCUGGGCCGAGAGCACAAGCUGCAGCAGCUCAAGGCAGCCCUCCGAGGCUACCUGCUGGGCCCAGCUGGCCCCAUGUGCCCGCAGCACCUCCGGGCACUGGCCAGGGAGGCCCCGGCCAUGGAGACCACCCGGCCCACGGACGACUCUGCCGGACCCCCGUGGCAGAAGCUGCGGGAGAAGCUCCGCGCCUUUGUGGCCUACUCGCUGGCCAUCGACGAGAUCACGGACAUCAACAACACAGCUCAGCUGGCCCUCUUCAUCCGUGGUGUAGACACCGACCUCGAGGCGUCGGAGGAGCUGCUGGACACUGUGCCCAUCACGGGUGCCCGCUCGGCCCAAGUCUUCUCACGGGUGGAGAGGAGCCUCCACAAGUUCAGCAUCGACUGGGCCAAGCUGGUGAGCGUGGCAUCCACGGGCACGCCGGCCAUGGUGGGCGCGGGCGACGGGCUGGUGCCCCGGCUGCAGGCCAGGGCGGGCCCUGGGGUGCGCUCUCUGCGUUGCGUCCUGCGCCCCGAAGCCCUGGGUGUCGAGGCCCUGAAGAUGGGCCACGUCAUGAGUGUGGUGCGGAGCGCGGUGGCCUGCAUCCGCCUGCGGGGCUCGAACUGCGGCCCCUUCUCCGCGCUGCUGGGCGAGCUAGACGCCCAGUACGGCAGCCUUCUACGCCAGGCCGAGCUGCGCUGGCUGGGCCGCGGGCUGGUGUUGCGGUGUUUCCUUGACUCCCUGGAGGACAUCGACGCCUUCCUGGCCGCUCGAGGUCGGCCGCUGGAGCAGCUUCGGGACCCAGCCUGGGUGCGAGACCUGGCCUUCCUGGCCGACGUGACCGUGCACCUCAACGGCCUGCACCUGUCGCUGCUGGGCCCGGCCCAGCUGGUGACGCAGCUGCGGGACAUCCUGGGAGCCUUCGAGGCCAAGCUGGCGGCGUGGGAGGACCAUCUGGCUCGGGACCACCUGGCCUACUUCCCCAGCCUACGGGCGGCCUCCCAUGGUGGGCGCUAUGGCCCCUGCUACGUGCCCCGGCUGGCCGCGCUCCGGGCCGAGCUGCGCCGGCGGCUGGGCGACUUCCAGCUCUGUGAGUCCGAGCUGCGCCUGUUCAGCGCCCCGUUCUCGGUGCAGGCGGAUGGUGCCCCCGAGGCCCUGCGGGCCGAGCUCACAGAGCUGCAGCGUGACUUGGGGCUCCAGGCCCGUUACCAGGAGGCGGCCGGGGGCCCUGACUUCUACAGGCACCUGGCUGGGGCCCGCUUCCCCCUGCUCCGCAGCCACUGCGCCCGAGUCCUGUCCAUGUUCGGCAGUACCCACAUCUGCGAGCAGCUCUUCUCCAUCAUGAAACUCAGCAAGGCCAAAGUGGGCACCCAGCCCGCUGCCACCACCACCCAGUGGGACUCGGUCCUCCACGUGGCCACCGGCUGACAGGCUGACCCCGCCAACACCUUUAAGUGGCCUGUCAUUAAAAAAAAAAAAAAGAGUCGGGCGGUAGCGCAGCAGGUUAAGCACAUGUGGCGUAAAGCACACGUAUCCCAGUUGGAUCCCCCGGCUCCCCACCUGCAGGGGAGCUGCUUCACAGGCGGUGAAGCAGGUCUGCAGGCAUCUCUCUGUCUCUCUUCCUCUUUAUCUCCCCCUUCUCUCUCAAUUUCUCUCUGCCUCUAUCCAAUAACAAAUAAAUAAAUUUAAAAGAAAAAUUAAAAAUAAAGGGGGCCAAGUGGUGGCACACCUGGUUAAGUUCACACAUUACAGUGCGCAAGGACCCAGGUUCAAGCCCCUGGUCCUCACCUGCAGGGGCAAAGCUCCGAGAGUGGUGAAGCAGGGAUGCAGGUGUCUCUCUCCCUCUCUAUCUUUCCCUCCCCUCUCAAUUUCUAUCUCUACCAAUAAUAAAUAAAAAUCUUCAAUGGCCAAAGAACAAAGUGUAAGGAUCAUGGUUUGAGCCCCUGGCUCCCCAUCUGCAGGAGGGUCACUUCACAAGUGGUGAAGCAGGUGUGCGGGUGUUUAUCUUUCGCCCUCUCUAUCCUAUCAAAAAUAAAUUUAAAGUAAAGAGAUGAAAGACAACUACCAGAUAGUUUCACUCAUGUGGAAUCUAGAGACCUGAUUCACAUGAACUUGCCAAAACAAACAAAAUAAAACAAACAAAAAAAGCAGGCAAACUAUAAGACUCAUUAUGGUUCUCUUUGGGAGGUGGGAGGGUGAGGAUAGGGAACUUUGGUGAUGGGUGUGGUGUGGAACUACACACUGUCUUCUUAUAAUCUUGUAACAAAUUAUUAAUAACAAAAAAAUUUAAGAAAAUGCAGGAUAAUAAAUUUGGGCUAAAUAAAUUUAAAAAAAAAUUUUUUAAUGGCCACAGGAGCUGUGGAUUCUGGCCGCAGGAGCUAUGGAUUCGUGUGCAGGCACCAAGCCCCAGCAAUAACCCUGGAGGCAAACCAACAAACAAAAACAAAAAACAAGGGCAGGGGAGACAGCAUACUGGUGAUGCAAAGAGACUCUCCUGUCUGCCUGAGGCUCUGAGGUACCAGGUUCAAUUCCUAGCACCACCAUCAGCCAGAGCUGAGCAAGAUUCUGGCAAAUAUAAUAAUGGUAAUAAAAAUAAUAACUCCUGAAGG